AGAACCGUAACCGCUUCAGCUGCGUCGGUCGGUGUGAUGCCGCGUCUGUGAGUUUCGUAUUUUAAAUGCCUGAUCUGAUACCGCCGGAUAUCUGCUUCGAGUCUGGGUGUGGUGUUAAAAUGCUACAAUAGCUCUGUUCUCCAGGUGCCGGUGCCAUGGCUGAUACCAAUAAAACCGACAGCAACUCGAUGGUACAACGCAGGAACGAGGAAGGCACGGUGGAACCCGAGGUAGCCGCGUUCGUGAAUGAAUUCCUACAAUACAGACUAAAUCAGAACGGCGUUCAGUGGCGAGCCCCCACCAGCAUCCAGGAGCCAGAUACUGGCCGGACUAUAGCCAGCAAAGUCGGAAUGGCUUUGCGCUCGUUAGCCGACGAAUUUUCGUCGCAAUUCAAGGAACAGUUCGUGGACAUAUGUGACAAGUUGGAAAUCAGCGAGAAUACCCUCAAACCGACUAUCGAAGGUGUAGCGAAUGAACUAUUCAAUGAAGGUAUAAAGUGGGCUCGAAUCGUGGCCCUCUUUGUGUUCAGUAGUGAACUGGCUAUGCACUGUAAAAAGAAUAACUGGCCCGAAUUAAUUAACACAGUUGCCCACUCGUUAUCUUCAUAUAUAUCGGAAAAGCUUUUACCUUGGAUUAAUGACCAUGGCGGCUGGGAAGGACUAAUCGUUUUCAACGAAGGAACAGAUUCCGAUCAGGCCAAGACCAACAGGUGGCCCUCAGUCAAGAACCUCCUCUGCCUCGGAAUUAGCGCCAUCGGGGCCCUCACAAUUGGAGCUGUCCUUACCAAGUCCUAGAUAGUUCUACCGCUUGGCCAAGCACCGCGGGAAAUCUCGACUAAAUCUAGCUUCCGCAAGAAAUGUUAAUAAGCUUCAACUUUAAUUUUUCAAACGAAAGACACGUUUCACAAACUCGAUUCCAUUCCUUUCUGUCAUUUCGAGCAAAAGAUUAUUUUUCAAGUUCAAUUUUUGUCGAGUGUUUGAUGGCAAAUGGAUGAGUAUCUAGUUCCUUUAAAAACCUUCUUGAAACAUCGGAAUUGUCUGCAGAAAUCUUCUUUCAGCAUGGUUGAAAUAGUCACUUCGCUGGCAUUUGAAGGAAUUCUCAUCAGCUAUUCCGUUGAUUAUCCUUACGCCAAAUAAACUGUUGAAAUAGUACAGAAAGCCCAUAAUUUUGGAAACAAAUUUAUGGAAGACAAGUUACAUAUUUCUCUUCAUUUUAAGUUGAUAAUCAGUUUUGUGUGCGUCGUCAAGAAAUUAUCUUCUUGGUAAAGUUCUUGGUGUCAGCGUCCUGGUGCUGCUGCUGUUCGUGCAAUUCUGGCAGUGUAAUGAUCGGACUUGAUUUGGACGCUAGAUUUUCAACGGUGCUUUUUUAUUUUGCAUCUCAACUUUGAAACUUUUUGCAUGAUUUUAAACAAGACCAGCACUAAAGCAAUUUGGAAAAGUGCUUUCUCUCUAUUCUCGUCAGAAAAUCAAGUCCUUUUUUUAAAAUAUUUUUUUAUUCUAUUUUAAUCAGAAAUUGUUCCUACACUCGGAUAAGUCAAAUUUGUAACGUUUCACACGAAACGUGAGAAGCACUGGUUUCAGGGUUUUUAUUUCAUUUGUACUUCUAGUGAUAAAUUUAUCUAAGUGAUGAUAAAACCAAUGUUCGACUUGGUAAACUAAUACAAUAUUUUAGUUUGUUAAUAUGUCCGAUAUAAAUCCCAGACUAAGCAUGUCUACUUUUGUGUCUUGUACCAAAUGGUUGUAGGCAAGCAGUCUCGGCUUGUGAUGUGUGGUGUACAAAAAAUUACCUCACCGUCGAUAUCGUUCGAUGGAUAACUAUAGCUAUUAAAUUUUGAAAUUGAAGAAAAUUUGUACUGUCUGUGUAGAAUAUAUGCUUGAAUGUGAUUUAUGAAACCUAUACGUAAAAUUGAGUUUUAAGUAUUUUUUCAGCUAUCAAUUUUAGAAUUUUUCAAACCGAAUUUCACAACAGAAAUAGUUAGGCGAAACUCAUUUGCAUGUGUUAAGAUUAACAAUAAUUUUGAAUGAAAUUAAUUUUAAGCACUGCCUGACACGAUUUAAUAGCUGCCUUGGCAAUUGAUCUUUAAUGAAUUGAAUCAUUUUUAAGCUCAUAUUUGUUUAAAAACAUUUAAGAUUUUUGUUUAAGUCUACAAAUAACUUUUCUGUCAUUCUGUCUCCAAAUAACUAUUCUAUACAGCAGUUAAAAAAAAAAGGACGGUUUUUUCAGGGUUCGCCGAUAUAUAUCAUGAUGUAUAUCACGAUAUUUAUCCGAUAUUUAUUUUGAAAGCUUGAUAUUUUCGAUAUUUAUUUUUUCAACUACGACAUUUUCAAUAAAAAAGUUAAUCACAUUAAUAUUGUUCAUUUUCCUUAAAAAUAACGAAAAAGUUAUGCACUAUAUUUUAUGAUGUAUUAAUACAUCAUUAAUAUAGCAAAGUAAUAUAAUAUUCCUUUUUUACUUGUAUUUUAUAUUCAUAAAAUUAUUAGUAAUGUAUCAAUAUUAGUUCAUAGUAAAAGUGCCUAAUUAAAUAGUAAACAUUGCUCAGAAAAAAAGAAUGUCUAAUGACUGUGCACCGACUAAUGCAUAUUAUUUAUUUCUGAAUCAUAUACAACUGUAAAAGUAGCUAACAGAAAAGCAAGUCAACUCCAUUAAUAUUGAUUUAAAUGUAAAAUGAAGUAUUUGACAUAAGGAAAGAAAACUUAAUUUUAAGUCCACAUAUUGUUAUAAUAAUAUAAGAAAGUAAAGAGUGAUUUGAAGAUGCAUUUACUAUUUUGAAGACUUUAGUUUUUGUUGGUUGAAAAUAUCGGAUAUAUAUCAAAAUAUCGGAUAUUUUUGAUAUUUUCGAAAAUAUCCUGAUAUUUUCGAACCCUGGGUUUUGUUCUCUUUCGAGUGUCACACAUGUAAGAAAAAAUAUCGCAGAACUUAAAAGAAAAAUGUAUGGAAUCUAAUUAGAGACGAUUGUUAUAAAUUAUUGCUAGCAAGCUGAUUGCGUGAGACAGUGCUUACCUCCAUUUUUGUUUCCGAUGCAAGUGAUAUAUGAGAAAGAUAUGUUCAUGCUAAAGAUCAGUAUUAUUCAGUUUUGUAUGUGUUAGUACAAAUUCCGUGUUUGGUUUGUGGAUAGUUGUAUAUAAAUCAAAAAUUAUUUUACUGCGAAGUAAAAUCCGCGAUUUUGUUUUAAAUGCUUUUGAAUUGUCAGGAAGUGUGCAAUCUAGUUAUGAUGUGUAUUAUAAUUGUCCGUUUUUUAAUUACUGAAAAAUCACAGCCUUUAAUUGAGCGAUUCAUUUUUCUUAAACUUGCCCAAACAUAUUUUUUAAUGCUCCUAAUGUAUGAAGAAACUAAUACGAAUUCUAAUUCAUGUUUUUAUAUGGAGUGUUUGCAUUUAUACGUUUCUAAAAUUCUAAACGGAAUACAUUUGUUCCAUUCUUUGAAACUAUAAAUUUAAAAAAAAUGGGGAAAACACGAUUGUUUUCCUAGCUAUGAGAACAUUGAGUGAUUUCUACGUGAGCCAGAAAAAAAAGAAAAUAAAACAAGCAAAUGCUGUCUUUUACCAAGGCUGACCUAUAUCCAUUAACAUUUGGUUUAACGAAGAACGGACACUCCAUAUUCAUAACAAAAUUAACUAUUUUUAUUUACGUCCAUACUCUGCUGGUUUAAAUGAGGGUAUUAAACGAUUUUGACCAUGACUCAGAGCGAUGAAAUAAAAAUUAUUUGUCACCAAUGGGUCUGCGAUAUACGAAAUUUUAAGGCAACUGUACCCAAUCUGUGUCGAAAACGAAAUAGCAAUGAAAUCGUGCUUGAUUCGCAAGUUGCCUACUCCAAACACUCCAUCUUUGUAAAAAACUUUUUUUCCCCCUUGAAAUUUUUAAAAAAUGAAGUUUAUGUGGCAGCUUUUUUCAUUUUCGCGCGUGUUUGAAUUAGAUCGAUCGGAAAUUGGUUCAGGUGAUCGAAGUGUUCAAUUUCUUUUUAAAUUUGUAAAAUAAUCGAUCAACUUAAAAACCGUUCGCGAUUUCCUACUACGUAUUGUAUUAAAAUGUACAUAUUUGUUACAAAUUUAUACGGCAUUUUAUUUUGUAUAUUUUCAUUUGAGAGUGUAACAAUAAUCAGGAUUAUCAAGGAAAGGAAAAUCAUUUUGUUGUGAAGAAAUGUGUGUUUUGAUUUUUCAUCUCCUACGUAAGAGAAAAAAGGGUAAAUUUUAUAUAAAAGGAUGAGUGAAGUGAUGAUUUUCACUUUUGCAUUAAUUAUCAAAUGUUUUAUGUUAGAAAUCUGAUGUAUAAUAAAUCGAAUUUCAAGUAA